AUGAACGACCGCGGUCGAGCCCAUGCUACAACGGGCCGCGUGGAGCCAUCCGGUCUUUCCUUCACUCAGGUGGCUGAGAUAGCCGAUCAAGCCCAGCUCCCAUGCCCUGGCGAUACCGAGGAUUUCGCCCACGUGGCGGAAGACCCCUUCACGGUGCCGCGUGCUCACGCCUACGUCACGAUCACUCGCGAGCACCACGGGAUCUUGGAGGAGACGAAUCAAGCGACCGAAAUCCCCAACACCUACGACGAAGGCAUGAGCUCUCCCCAGCGCGAAGAAUGGAAAGGAGCGUGCAGCAAGGAAAUGGACAAUCUGCGGAAACACAACGUCUACAAUCUGGUGCCCCUCAGCAGCGCUCCCAAGGGAGAGAAGAUCCACAAAACCAAAUUCGUCUUCAAGAAAAAGCUGGACGGACGCUUCAAAGCUCGCCUGGUAGUCGGAGGACAUCGUCAAGAGCCAGGAUAGGACUACGGACGCAGCUACGCACCAGUAUGCCGUAUCGGGAGCAUUCGCAUCACGUGCGCCAUUGGCUGCCACACCAACUGGCCCAUCUACCAGCUGGACGUUGUUGGUGCCUUCCUGAACGCCCUCUGCGACAGAGAUGUGUACGUCAGCCAU